UGCGCCGCCGCUCCGCCAGCGCUGCCGCCCUCGCCCGCCGCCCGCCGCCCGCCGCCCCUCGCGGCUUGGCGGGCCUCUCCUUUGUCCGCUCGGGUCCGCCCGCCGCCGAGCUCCUGGUCCCCGGGCCGGCUGCCUGCGGCGCUCGGUGCCGGCUGGGUGCGCAGGGGGCGGGGGCCGCGGCUCGCCCCCCGCGGAUGAGCCGCCGCGGAGCGCGGGCGGACGAUGGAACUCCACAUCCUGGAGCACCGGCUGCAAGUUGCCAGCGUCGCCAAGGAGAGUAUCCCGCUCUUCACCUACGGCCUGAUCAAACUUGCCUUCCUGUCCUCCAAGACCAGGUGCAAGUUCUUCAGUCUGACCGAGACCCCGGAGGAUUACACCAUCAUCGUCGAUGAGGAGGGUUUCCUGGAGCUGCCUUCCUCGGAGCACCUGAGCGUGGCAGAUGCCACCUGGCUGGCCCUCAAUGUCGUGUCAGGUGGUGGCAGCUUUUCCAGCUCCCAGCCCAUCGGGGUGACCAAGAUCGCCAAGUCUGUCAUCGCCCCGCUGGCCGACCAGAACAUCUCCGUGUUCAUGCUGUCCACCUACCAGACGGACUUCAUCCUGGUACGUGAGCGGGACCUGCCCUUUGUCACCCACACCUUGUCAUCAGAGUUCACCAUUCUGCGGGUCGUCAACGGUGAGACGGUGGCCGCCGAGCACCUUGGCAUCACCAAUGGCUUUGUGAAGCCCAAGAUGGUCCAGAGGCCCGUCAUCCACCCACUGUCCAGCCCCAGCAACAGCUUCUGCGUCACCAGCCUGGACCCCGACACGCUGCCUGCUGUUGCCACACUCCUCAUGGACGUCAUGUUCUACUCCAACGGCGUGAAGGACCCCAUGGCUGCCAGUGACGACUGUGGCCACAUCCGCUUCUUCUCCUUCUCCCUCAUCGAGGGUUACAUCUCCCUGGUGAUGGACGUGCAGACCCAGCAGAGGUUUCCUAGUAACUUGCUGUUCACAAGCGCAUCUGGAGAGCUCUGGAAGAUGGUGCGGAUCGGAGGCCAGCCCCUGGGAUUCGAUGAGUGUGGCAUUGUGGCCCAGAUCUCCGAGCCCUUGGCUGCUGCGGACAUCCCCGCCUACUACAUCAGUACUUUCAAGUUCGACCACGCACUGGUCCCAGAAGAAAACAUUAACGGCGUCAUCAGCGCCCUGAAAGUCAGCCAAGCAGAGAAGCAUUAGAAGGGUCUCCUCCUCCCGCCCCUGCCCGACGAUUCUUCUUGCAGUAUUUCUCAACAGACUGGAAAAUCUGCCCCCGGUCCCCCAAAGAAGGGGCCUCAGAGGCGCACCCCCAACUGCUGACUUCGCCAGGCCUGGGCCCAGGCCAGGGCCUCCCCAUGUCCUCCCUUCCCAGAGCCUCCAGAGAACCCCCCGUGCUCCCCCCACCCCCACUCCAGAAAAUGAUGUCUGAGGCCCAGGGAGCUGAUGAGCUGACCCGCCCCCUCACCCGGCCUCGCCCACGGCCAGGGGCAGACACUGACGUAAGCUGGCGCCUCCUACAAGACACUGGGGUACCAAUUCGCAUGUGAUCUUGGGGAGCAGGCUGAGCAGGACUGAGUUCAUGGAGCCUGGGGAGGCCCCGGUGAGGGGGCAAGCUGGAUACUGUGGUUGCUGGUCUCUGGUUCCAUCAGCUCAGGGCUGGUUCCCGGAGUGGAGGCCAGUGGGCGGCCCUGGCGACACAUGCAGGUGAGGCUCCGGCAGAGCUCGGGUGCGGCCCCGAGCUGGGGAAGACCCGCGCCACCCAGAGCCUCGCCUGCCAACCACAGGGCUUGUGCCCCGACUCCCAGCAAGACUGCCAAGGGGGCCCUGUCCACACCCUCCCCCCCCCCCCCACAAGCACUGACGCC